UCCGGCCGCCCCGGGCCGAGGGAGGCCGAGCGUGUGGGGCGCCGGGCCCCGCGCAGCCAUGGACUGGCUUAUGGGGAAGUGCAAGGCCAAGCCCAAUGGGAGGAAGUCGGUGGCCGAGGAGAAGAAGGUCUACCUGGAGCCGGAGUACACUAAGGCCCGCGUCACAGACUUUGCCUUCAAGGAGCUGGUGGUGGUGCUGCCCCGAGAGAUCGACCUCAACGAGUGGCCGGCGAGCAACACCACGACCUUCUUCCACCACGUGAAUCUGCAGUACAGCACCAUCUCCGAGUUCUGCACCGGGGAUGCCUGCCAGACCAUGGCCGUGUGCAACCAGUACCACUGGUAUGACGAGCGGGGCCGGAAGGUCAAGUGCACUGCACUCCAGUACGUGGACUUCGUCAUGAGCUCCGUGCAGAAGCUGCUCACCGAUGAGGACGUGUUCCCCACCAAGUACGGCCACGAGUUCCCCAGCUCCUUCGAGUCCCUGGUGAAGCGGAUCUGCCGGUACCUGUUCCACGUGUUUGCCCACAUCUACUCGGAGCACUUCCAGGAGACGCUGGCCCUGGAGCUGUACGUGCACCUCAACACGCUCUACGUGCACUUCAUCCUCUUCGCCUGCGAGUUCCACCUGCUCGACCUCAAAGAGAACGCGGUCAUGGACGACCUCACCGAGGUGCUGUGUGGCGGGGCCUCGGGGACACACAACCACGUGAAGGAGAGGUGAGCCCCGGCGCAGCGCAGGUGGCUGGCGGUGUGCGCCCAGGAGCGUGGUGAUGGGGCGCCGACCAGCUGUCCACGUGUCCGGAAAACACGGGAGCCUGGGCCCAGCCCGGCAGACACAGGGACUCUGCGCUCACUGCUGCGCCGCCCGCUUGCCUUCCUCGGCUUCGACUCGCCGGGACACAUCGGGGGACCUCGGG